AAAUCAACAAACAAAAAUCGACCGACGUUCGCGCGGAUCAUCGCUGCUAAGUUUCGCAUUUUAUUCGAUUCAAGUGUUGUUAAAUCCUUCAGAAAUGGCUCUCUGGGUUGAUCGGUACCGUCCGCGCGAGCUUGCCAAGCUAGACUACCACAAGACGCAAGCGGGACACUUGAUUAACCUGUGCGCCCAGGGCGACUUCCCGCAUCUGAUGUUCUACGGCCCGUCCGGAGCCGGCAAGAAGACCCGGAUCAUGUGCCUGCUGCGGGAGCUGUACGGACCGGGCGUGGAGCGGCUGCGCAACGAAAUCAUGAACUUUACCACACCGUCGAAUAAGAAGGUGGAGAUUAUGACGGUGAGCAGCAACUAUCAUAUUGAGGUGAAUCCGUCGGACGCGGGAAUCUACGACCGGGUGGUCAUCACGGAUAUGAUCAAGCAGAUUGCCCAGACGCAGCAGAUCGAUCCCAGUGGGCAGCGGGAGUUUAAGACGAUCGUGUUGUCCGAGGUGGACGAGCUGACGAAGGACGCCCAGCACGCGCUCCGACGGACGAUGGAAAAGUACGUGGCGACCUGCCGGUUGGUGCUGUGCGUCAACUCGACGUCGCGCGUCAUUCCGGCCGUCAAGAGUCGAUGCUUGGGGAUUCGCGUGUCGGCGCCGACCGGCGAGGAGAUUGUCGGUAUUUUGAAUAACAUCUGCAAGAAGGAGGGUCUCCACAUUCCGCCUGAGCUGGCCACCCGCAUCACCCAGAAGUCGGACCGCAACCUGCGCCGGGCCAUCCUGAUGCUGGAGGCGUGCAAGGUGCAGCAGUAUCCGUUCACCGUCGGCCAAGACGUGCCGGAGAUUGAUUGGCAGGUGUUCCUCCGGGAGACGGCGAACCAGAUCGUGCAGGAGCAGAGUCCGGCAAAGCUGGAAGCGGUCCGGGAGCGGCUGUACGAGCUGUUGUCGCAGGGCGUCCCGUCCGAUGUGAUAUUCCGCGGGUUGGUGGAGAAUCUGGUCAAGAACUGCGACAUGAGCCUGAAGACGCAAACGCUCAACUUUGCCAGCUUGUACGAGCACCGGAUGCAGCAGGGCAGCAAGCACAUCUUCCACCUGGAGGCGUUCGUGGCGCAGUUUAUGGCGCUGUACAAGAAGUUUUUGAACCAGGCUUCGGUGAUGGAUAUGGAUGAUUUUUGAAAUUUGUGUUUCUUUUUGUCGAAUAAAUCUCGUUUUGUAAGUUA